AUGGUGGACUUGGAAGGCUUUAAACGUUGCAUGGGAUUCCUGACGGGCACGGAGCAGAGCAAUGUCGAUGAGGCCGUUCGAUCGCGAAUAGCACAGUCUGCCACCUCAUUACAGUCGAGAGGCUGCAGCGUACAAGAGGCAUUCGUCAUCUUCGACACGAAUCGCAACGGAUUCCUCGACCAAACCGAGUUCUACAGAUUUCUGGUGUCUUGCGACUCUCGGGUCAGCCAGCGGGAAAGCGACUUGAUAUUUGCCGAGGUCUCGAGGAACUCUGGCCGCGUCGACGUGAACACCUUUGCCCAGGAGCUCCGUCCGAAUUGUGCACCCACAGAUGCCCACAGCCGUUUCUACGAUAUCGCGUUUUCCGUGGCCAACAUCAACCUUGAGUCCUUCGAUGCUCAGGGCUUGGCCAACCUCGCCUGGGCAGCGGCCGUGCUAAGUAGCUCAAGCCGCACCCGACCUCUUCUGGCAGGCAUUCGAAGUGCAGCUGGAGCUGUAGCACGACGUGCGUCGACUGUCAGCCGCGUUUCAGAGGCCAGGACGCUGGCAUGUUCCCUGCUAGCGUUGACGUGGGCGUUGAGCUUCUCGAAAGAGUUGGAUUCUGAGCUGGAACGCGGCAUUGUGCAAGCUGUCCGCCUGCUGGCUGGGGUCUUGGACACUGCAGUCGACAACCUGGCACCAUUGCCAUUGACACCGCAGUCUCGGGGGUUGACCUUCGACUGUAUCACCAAGCCUCGGGUCAUCAUCGACGGCCCGGGAAUGCUAGUCGCACUGAAGCCCCCAGGAUGGGAGGUGGACACAACGGCGGACCAGACGGAAGCUCACUGUCUCUCCUGGCACCUGCAAGCAAUCCGGCGACGGGAGGACUGCCCAGUGUUACACUGUGCAAGCUAUGGGUUUGGCUUCAUCCAUCGCUUGGAUGUCGCCAGUUCCGGGCUAGUCCUGGCAGCGACUACUUUCGAAGGCCUGCUUUGGCUGCAAUUUCAGAAGGCAGUCAAUCGCAUCGAUCGAGAGUAUAUUGUCCUUUGCUAUGGGUUGGACCCCCAGCCAGAACACGUGAUCGAUGCGGAUGUCACCGUCCGAGGAUGGCUAAAGGCUUCCAGGACACUGACCGAGGAUGCCGGCCUACCAGCAGAAUCCAGGCUGCGGUCAAUCGCACAUUUGCGUCAUCCUGCCUUUGGUGGACUAUCUGCCAUUAGCAUCCAAAUCUUCACAGGAAGGCGGCACCAGAUUCGCGCUCACACUCGGUGGAUGAGGCACCCGACAGUGUGUGAUUCCUGGUAUUCCCCCAGCGAUGUGCUGCUGGUCGAACGCGAUAUGCUCGGCCCGGCACCCAUGAGAGCCUGGGUGCGCACUCCCAGGUGGGACGGUGAGCUCACUGCACCACCUGAGGAUGAACUGUGGGCUUUUGCAGGGCAACCAGUCCUCACAUUAGAGCCACAGCUGGCGGCCCCAGAAGUGGAGCGGCUAUGGAGGCUCCACGGGCCAGCACCAGAGAUGAGCUUGGCGGAGCUGAUACAUCUCAACCCUGCGUCCGGGGCCGACGGCUGGGCGGAAGCCGCACUUCGCCGGGUCGCGCGGCGACUUGCUCCGGCCCUGAACAUCCCGCCCGACACGUUCCGACGGUUCAACUUGGCCAACAUCACAGGGCUGUCCUACGCUGAGUUCGAAGGCUUACUUGUGGCGCAGGAUUCACGCAUGACCCGCGAAGAUGUGAUAGCCUUGUGGCGACUGGCCGACGCAGAGGGAAGUGGAAGGGUUGACCUGGGUCAAGUCGUGUCCGUGCUUCGACGAGCACAACUCGAGGGCCUCACACAGGGCAGGCCACUGCCACAGCCACCUGCAAGCCCUGCUGAUCGCGACAUGAUCUUGGAGGCCUAG